AUUUAACCUAAACGUCAAAGUCUACGGGUCUUUUUAAUAUUUUACGCAUUUUACCUUUACCUAUCUGUCAAAAUAUUUAUAAAAAUACUUUUUUAUGAGUAAUUAGUGCAUUAUUUCAUAAUUAUUAUGGAAGUAGAAUCAGAGGGAUACCAUAACAAUCAUACCAUGGAUAAGCCACAGUCACCUGCUGGAGGCGGUGGUUCACGGUCGGUUUCCGUUGAAUCCAUUCAUUCUGCUCGAUCAGCCAGUCCUCAGCUUAACGGUAGCAGUGACGCUAUUCAAUCAUCUCCAAGGAAAUCACGGUCACGUUCACAUAGUGGGUCAAGACCUGGAAGUGUGGCCAGCUCCAAGUCUUCGAGAUCUAAUUCUAGAUCCCCUCAUUCUCAGAAAACUGGAAGUAGAGCAAGUUCUAAAUCCAGGUCAAGAUCCAGAUCUCAAAGUUCUCAAGGAUCUAGGAAAAGUAGCCAUGAUAGAUCUGGAUCACCUUCAGGUGGUCCCAAAUCUCCAGUUGGUUCAGCAAGAGCUGCAUCGGAAGCAUCACUUAGAUCACGAUCCAGAUCUAACUCUGGAUCAAGAAAAUCACAUUCUCGAUCACGUUCAAGAUCAAAUUCUGGUUCUCGGAAAUCGAAAUCUAGAUCAAGAUCAGCAAGUCCAGAAAAGAGAGGUUCCAGGUCUAGGUCAGGAUCUAGAUCAAGGCCUACUUCUCCAAAAGCUAGAUCAAGAUCACGUUCCCGUUCUUUUGAUUCAAAUUUGAAGAAAAAUGAUCGAAAAUCUAGAUCAAAAUCACGAUCUGGAUCUCCAAAAGCUGCCUCAAGAUCACGUUCUAGAUCUGGAUCAGCUCAUUCAGAAUCAAAUUUAAAUAAAAUAAUAUCACGAUCUAAAUCUCAUUCCAAAUCUCCAAAGGCUGCUUCAAGAUCAAGGUCCCGAUCAGGAUCUGCAGUAUCAGAAUCAAAUAAAAAUCAAAGAAAAUCUAGGUCCCGAUCUCGUUCGGGUUCUGCAAAAGCAGCUUCACGUUCUAGAUCCCGAUCAGGAUCUGCAUUGUCGGAAUCAAAUAAAAAUACAAGAAAAUCUAGAUCCCGAUCUCGUUCUGGUUCGGUAAAAGCAGCUUCACGUUCUAGAUCCCGAUCAGGAUCUGCAGUAUCAGAUUCAAAUAAAAAUACAAGAAAAUCUAGAUCCCGAUCUCGUUCGGGUUCGGUAAAAGCAGCUUCACGUUCUAGAUCUAGAUCCGGAUCAAGAAAAUCUAGGUCUGGAUCAAGAAAAUCUAGGUCUGGAUCAAGAAAAUCUAAAUCACGGUCGAGAUCUCGUUCAGGUUCUGCUAAAGCCGCUUCAAGAUCAAGAUCUCGCUCUGGUUCACCCCGAUCUAGAUCAAUAUCAAGAAAGUCAAGAUCACGAUCAAGAUCAGGCUCAAACAAUUCGAGAGCUGCUUCAGCAAAAUCAAGAUCAGGAUCAAGAAAAUCAAGAUCUGGUUCGAGAAAAUCAAGGUCAGGCUCCAGAAAAUCAAGAUCAGGCUCCAGAAAAUCAAGAUCAGGCUCGAGAAUAUCAAGAUCAGGAUCAAGAAAAUCAAGAUCAGGAUCGAGAAAAUCAAGAUCUGGAUCGAGAAAAUCAAGAUCAGGAUCAAGGCGAUCGAGGUCUGGUUCACCAAAAUCAAGAUCGCGGUCUAGAUCGGGAUCAAUUAGGUCAAGAUCUGGUUCGCGAAGAUCUCGAUCUGGCUCCGGUUCACGAAGAUCUCGAUCUGGCUCCGGUUCACGACGAUCCCGAUCAGGUUCUAGAAGAUCUCGAUCAGGAUCCAGAAGAUCAAGGUCAGGAUCAAGACGGUCUAGAUCUGGUUCGGCUAGAUCUAGGUCUGGAUCUAGAAGGUCUAGAUCUGGUUCAAGAAGAUCUAGAUCUGGUUCAGCAAGAUCUCGAUCAGGGUCACGCAAGUCUAGAUCAGGCUCACGUAAAUCUAGAUCAGGGUCACGCAAGUCUAGAUCAGGGUCACGUAAGUCUAGAUCAGGGUCACGUAAGUCUAGAUCAGGGUCACGUAAGUCUAGAUCUGGUUCCAGAAGAUCAAGAUCAGGUUCCAGGUCGAGGUCUCGGUCAGGAUCAAGAAGAUCAAAAUCGGGUUCAAGGUCUAAAUCACGAUCAAGAUCUAAAUCGGGUUCUCGUUCAAAAUCAAGGUCGCGCUCACGAUCAGGUUCUGCAAAAGCUAGAUCCAGGUCUAGGUCUAGAUCUGGUUCAGGUAAUGAAGGUAAGGUAUCCAGAAAACGCCUUAUAUCUGAUUCAGAAGAUGAAAUUGAAUCAACACAUAAAACUAAACGAGCAAUUGUUAGUGAUGAUGAGGACGUAGAUGCAUCUACAGCGGAAAAACAAGAUGAACCUGAAAAAGAAGCUCCUCCUCCACCACCAGAGGAUUAUGAUUCUGACGAGGGUAUUGUGGACAGGGGAGGUGACCGGGAUGAAAAUCAUGGAUUAUCAGAUUUUGAUAUUAUGCUUCAAAGAAAAAAAGAAGAGGGUAAUAGAAAACGCAAACGAAAGGAUAUUGAUAUUAUAAACGAUAAUGAUGAUAUAAUUGCCGGGUUACUUGGUGACAUGAAAAAUGCUGCUGAUGAAGAUCGACGACUUAAUGAACAACUUAAACCUGCAACAAAAAAAUCAGCAAUGCUAGCAAAAGUUAUGUCACAAUUAAAAAAACACGAUUUACAGUUGGCUUUCAUAGAACAUAAUGUAUUAAAUGUUCUUACUGAUUGGUUAGCUCCUAUGCCUGAUAGGUCUUUACCUUCUUUACAAGUUAGAGAACAAUUAUUGAAACUUUUAGCAGAUUUUCCUAGAAUUGAUCAGUCCACAAUAAAGCAUUCCGGUAUUGGUAAAGCUGUGAUGUAUUUAUAUAAACACCCAAAAGAAACUAAAGAAAAUCGAGAGAGGGCAGGACGACUGAUUAGUGAAUGGGCUAGGCCAAUUUUCAAUCUUUCCACAGAUUUUAAAGCCCUUAGUAGGGAAGAACGGGUACAGAGAGAUUAUGAGCAAAGGGGUGGCAAAAGACGAAAAUCAGAGGAAGAAGUAACUGCCCAAGAGCGUAAAGAGCUCAACAAGGCUUUGAAUUCAGAAGGAAAACCACUCAGACCUGGCGAAAAGGGCUGGGUAGCUAGAGCAAGAGUACCUAUACCAUCCAAUAAAGACUACUUAGUUAGACCAAAAUGGCAUUCCGAAGUGGAUAUUAGUAGGACAACAAAGAAGGGUUUAAAUAGGUUUGAAAGACAUUAUAAGAACUUUAUAGAUGGCAAGAGGUUGAAGCAAACUAGGAGAGCCGUUGAAAUUUCGAUUGAAGGAAGAAAAAUGGCGUUGUAAUUUUUGAUAGUGAUAUUUUAGUUAAGAUUAUAUUUUCACAUUGAGUUUACAUAAUAACGAAUUUAUUAUAUCUACAUACGAAUCUAAUAUAGCUAUUCUAAAUUAUUGAAUAGCUAACAUUUAAAAACAAAAUGUGCAUUCAUGAUUUAGUUUAUUAUAAAAAUGUAUUCCGUUUUUUUUUUUGGUUCAUUUUAUGCAUUGACUUGUCUUUUGGAAAAUAUUGUUUUGUUUAUGAAACUUUAUCAAUAUCUACCCUCCCUUCCUACCUGUUAAGGUUUCAUGAAAUUAUGAAGUAUAUUUACACAAUUUUGUAUUUGAUUUAAAACUGCAUUGUUUAUCAAUUGAUAACUUCAUUGUUGAUAGUCAAUUAUGUUAUUUAUAUAAUCAUUUAUGAAUUUUAUGUCAAUCAUUUUUUUUUUUAAUAAUUUCAGUAAGAUCGUUGUAGUUUUCUUUGUAAAAGUAGAAAACUAUUUGUAGAAAAUUUAAUUUACAUACUUCAAAAGUACUGAGUGUUUUAUGUAAUAUCGUUUUUUACAAAAUAAAUAAAG